AUCCCCGACUCCCGACGUUCACAUGUGAUCUUUCGACUUCGACAGUUUCGAGGGGUGCGUCAGUUUUUCUAAACGUGGAACCUUGAAGGGGGAAUCGUUGCAACAGAUGUAAAAUUCCUUAUCAGACAAAUAUCGUAUUUCGUGCUCUCAACCCCCUCGACAACGUUCUGUUCGAGUGUUUGUCCCGGCGUCAUUCUCACUUGUGGCGUCAACGUGGCAGCUCGCAUCUUCGAGAAUGAAAACGUCAAUUUGGGAGUUCUCAGUGGGACUUUGCGUCUAUUUUUUUGCCAACUUUACACAGGCCACCUUUCGCGAUGACCCCAAUGUUCUUGUCACUUUGCUCGUCAGAAAUAAAGCCCACACACUACCGUAUUUCUUAAAACUCUUUGAAGAGUUGGACUACCCCAAAAAUAGAUUGACCCUAUGGAUCAAGAGCGAUCAAAAUCAAGACAAGAGUCUGGAGAUUAUGAACAAAUGGAUUGCUUCUGUAGAAAAUUCAUAUCACCACAUUUAUCACGAGCUGACUUCCUCCCCUUCCGUAGCUGACGAUAAAAUCCCAACAAAUUGGACUCAGGAGCGAUUCAAGCACAUAAUCAAUUUGAGGGAAGAAGCCCUAAAUAAAGGGCGAGAACUCUGGGCCGAUUUUGUUUGGUUUGUAGACUGUGAUGUUUUCCUGACCAACAACCAAACGCUGAAGACUAUGGUCAACACUAAUUACCCCGUUGUGGCGCCAAUGUUGGACACACUGAGCUUGUACUCCAAUUAUUGGUGUGGCAUGGGCCUCGAUUACUACUAUCGACGAACUGACGAGUACAAACCGAUCCGCGAAAGGGAAAAUAAAGCCUGUCAUCGAGUCAUCGUCGUCCAUUCGUGUUUCUUAAUAGAUCUGCGUCAGGUAGAAUCUCAACGUCUCACGUUCAAACCUGAGAACAUUAAGGGGUACAACGGUCCCCAUGACGAUGUCAUCACCUUCGCCAUCUCCGGAUUUUGGACUGAUGUCCCAGUGUACAUUUGCAAUCAAAUCAAGUUCGGCUAUCUUCUGUCGCCGCUAGACGAAAGUCAAACGAUCCAAGAUGACUACGCCCAGUUGACCAACAUCAUGCUAGAAGCUUCCGUGGAUUUCCCUCCGAUGACCCCUCACCAGCAGCUAACAGAAUACGUAACGCCACCUGCCAAAAGCACGCUCGGAUUUGACGAAAUCUUCCUGAUCAAUUUGGAGCGCCGUCCGGAACGACGUGCACGCAUGGAAUGGUCCAUGAAUCAGCUCGGCCUCAAGCACAAAUUAAUCAACGCCGUGGAUGGAAAAACGCUGAAUGAUUCCUACGUCGCUUCGUUGGGUAUUCGCAUGCUACCGAAUUUCGCCGAUCCUUACCAUCACAGGGCCAUGACGAUGGGAGAAAUUGGCUGCUUCCUGAGCCACUACGCGAUUUGGCAAGAGAUCGUCGAUCGGCAGUUGGCUGCCAGCAUCGUCUUCGAGGACGACAUCCGCUUCGAAAUCAACUUUGGCAGAAAGCUUACCGAUCUCGUCAGCGAGGUGGAUCGUUUGCAACUCGACUGGGAUUUAAUUUACCUGGGACGCAAGCGGCUGAAGCACGAGAACGAGACGUGGGUGGAUGGCAGCCAGCUCUUGGUCAAUGUCGAGUAUUCCUACUGGACCCUCUCCUACAUCUUGAGCAAAGGCGGAGCAGAGAAAUUACUGAAAGGCGAGCCGUUCGGUCACCUGGUACCCGUUGAUGAAUACCUGCCAAUCAUGUUCGACAGGCAUCCGGAGAGCCGAUGGAAGGAACCGUUCCCCAAUCGCGAUUUAAAGGCUUAUUCAGUUGCCCCUUUGAUGGUGUAUCCUACCCAUUACACGGGAGAGGCGGGUUACAUCAGCGAUACGGAGUCGUCUGAAAUAGUGCCGGACAGCAUCAAGAAUGCAUCGGCCAAAGAAGGGAAAUCGGACAAGGGUUCCAAAGAAGUUGAAAUUGAGGACAAGAUUAAAAUCGAACUGCCGGCCAUGGGAGAAACGGGCGCCCUGGUCGAUGCGACCAGCACAUCCCCAGAGGAGAUCUCCACCAUUAGCAAAGAGUUCCACGUCGAGUUAUGAAAAGUGAGCGUAAUAACACCGGCAAUCAGAUGGAAAUGAAGAAUUGAAAAGGAAAUAAUCCGACGUAGAGCUCCCCAACUUCCUCGUAUAGCAAAUGUUAAUUAUAGUUUUGAUUUCUUUCACUUUGUGUUUGAAAAAAGUGCGAAUUUCAUAACUAAAUUUUCAAAAUCCUAUUUAGCAAUAACCCUGUCUCUUCAAAAAAAAAAAAGCGAAUUGCUAUGCAAUUGAAAAGAAAAUGAAGUAAAAAAAAAAAUAUUUUAAUAAUAAGUGUGUGUAUUUUAGUCCACGUGAACUACGAUUGAUCUGUCUCAUCUAACCUGAAUUUCAAAUGAAUCUUUACAUUUUCUGAGUGACACUUUUGUUGUUGACACCUUAUAAAAAGGUCAGAGUCGGGAACGUCUCAGUUCAUUUGCAGGCACCUGCUUCUCGAUUUCAUUAUAGUGCGUAUGCCAAAACCCAAAACUGUGUAUUUCGUGUAUCCUGUCCAACCAGCACAUCAUACACAAAACUGCAUCACGAAAAAGACAAUCAAAAAACAAA